AUGGCUAAACAAGUUUCUCCUUUGAAUCCACUGGCACUCUACAACCUUGUAUCCGCCUUGCUUUGGGGAUAUCUGUUGUAUAAUGUUCUCGUUGUUUAUCCAAAAGUGGGUCAACCUCAGUUCUUUGAAGAAUGGAAAGACAGCGUAACAUUUAUUCAGUGCGGAGCUAUCAUUGAGGUUUUGAAUUCUAUUUUGGGCAUUGUUCGGGCUCCAGUAGUGACAACCGCGGCGCAAGUUGCGUCCAGAUUACUUGUCGUCAUUGGUAUCUUCCAAUAUUUACCGGAAUCUGCAAACUGUCACAAUGUGGUUUUUCUCACUCUUCUCCUAGCGUGGACUUCUACAGAGGUUGUUAGAUAUCUCUUCUAUUUUUUCAAUCUAAGUUUGGCCUCUGGUGCACCUAAAUUCGUUGUGUUGCUACGUUACAACUUGUUUUGGGUAUUGUAUCCCCUAGGUGUUGCUUCUGAAUUGUUGAUUAUUUAUUCUGCAUUGCCAUAUGCAGAGGAGAAGUACUCUAUCUACUUUAAGUGGGCAUUGAUCGGCAGCAUGUUCACUUAUAUUCCAGGUUUCCCCGUGCUAUUCAUGCAUAUGGUUGGACAGAGAAAGAAAGUUAUGCGCUCCUUGAGCUCGGCAAAUAAUACUACGAGCACCACCAAAAAGACCAAUUGA